CAGUCGGUGAGUAGUUGGCCUGAGGCAGAGAAGCGGUGCUUGCUGUUCGUCCUGUGUCCUGGAAUGUUGUUUGUUUUCUAAAUCCCUACGGGUCACCUUUCUGGCUCUGGGUGGAUCUCAAGCCCCUUUUUCAUGUGAGCCUUUUCUGGAAGUCGACAGUUUGGAACUAUUUGGAAGUCAACAGUAGCCCGUGUUGUUCCUCUAUUUCUCCUAACCCGUUUUCCUCACACCCAGUUUGUUACUCCUGGGUUAAAAUGGAAGAAGGGAGAGGAGGAAUUGAAGAGAUAGGAGAGGAGGAUGUAUUCUAUUCUGUUCUAGAAUGUUCAAGUCUUGUGGAAGAGCAAACCAAAAGCAACCUGAAGGUGACCUCCCCUGAGGACUCUGAGCAGCUGAGCAGCAGGCAGGGUCCCCCGAAUGGGACCCCCACCCGGGCCCAGGACCCCAAAGGCAACGGCAGCCGCACCGUCCCCCGCAGGCACACGUUAGGGGGGGCGCGCAGCUCACAAGAGAUCCUGGCCAUGCAGCCCUCAGACAUGGACAAAAAGAGGGAAGCCUUCCUGGAGCACCUGAAGCAGAAGUACCCUCACCAUGCCUCGGCCAUCAUGGGCCACCAGGAGAGGCUCAGGGAACAGGUUAGUGACGAACAGAGCAGAAGCCCUGCGCACGGCCCCAGCAGCUCCAUUGUAGGGGAGCAGCCUGAGCACCUCUCCCUGGCCUCUCUGGAGUCUCUGGACACCAUGUCAGAGGCUGAUGCCCCCUCUGCCUUCACCAGAGGCAGCCGCUCCCGUGCCAGCCUGCCCGUAGUGCGCUCCACCAACCAGACCAGGGACCGCUCGCUAGGCGUGCUGUACCUGCAGUACGGAGACGAGACUAAGCAGAUCCGGAUGCCCAAUGAGAUCACCAGUGGAGACACCAUCAGGGCUCUGUUUGUGAGUGCCUUUCCCCAGCAGCUCACCAUGAAGAUGCUGGAGUCUCCCAGUGUGGCUGUCUAUGUCAAAGACGACAUGAGGAACAUGUACUACGAGCUCACCGACGUCAGGAAUAUCAUGGAUCACUCCUGCCUGAAGGUGUACCACAAGGACCCAGCACAGGCCUUCAGUCAUGGCCCCAGACCCACCAACGUUGACACCAGGAUGCACAGAGAGAUGAUGUAUGCCAGCAGAGAUGGGCAGCACCCCCCCAGACACCCCCCUAUGGGCCACCCUCCACACCACCCCAUUCAGGGCUCCCUGUCCCCAACCACGGCCCACUCCGUACCCCCCUCGCCCUCCCGGAUCCCCUUUGGCCCGCGCCCGGGGUCCAUGCCCUGCAGCGCCACUAUGCCCCGGGAGCGCAUAUCUAACGCCACACCUCCCGUGCGCUCCGUGUCGCCCUGCCCCAGCGCCAUCCUGGAGAGGCGGGACGUCAAGCCUGAUGAGGACAUGGGCGGUAAGAGUCACAGCCUGGUGAGAGGGGGAGAGGGGCUUUACGCUGACCCGUACCUUCUCCACGAGGGGAGGAUGGGCCACGGCCCUGCCCAUGGAGGGCACCCUCCUCCUGGGGACAUGGUGGACCACGGCAGCCUGGCUAGCUACCACCGCACCUCCAUCCGGUCCACAGGCUCCUACAGCGGGCCCAGCCCCACCGAGGCCAUGGAGCAACCCUCACUCUACCGCCAGAAGUCCAGGAAGUACGGAGACAGCCAGCUGCCCACGCUGGGCUCCAAGACCCCGCCCCCCUCCCCCCACAGGAUGGCAGAAGUGAGGAUGAUUGACAUCCAUGGAGCCACGCCUCCUCAUGGCGGCAUUCCCCUGGAGCGCUCCUCGCCUGUUCGCCAGACCUUCAGGAAGGAGGAAGUGGUCAAAAGCAGGAGUAACAUGGCAUCUCCAGUUGUGCCGGACCUCCAGGGUCACGGCCCUAUCCCUCCAGCCAACGACCCACAGACACGACAGCGAAUGAAGGCUAUGGAGCAACAGAUUGCCAGCUUGACUGGUCUUGUUCAGCAUGCACUUUUAAAGUCCCCAAACACUAGUGGCACCAACGAGGCUCUCAGUGAACGACCCAUGAAGACAUCAAGGCAAGCGUCUCCGGUUCAUAGUGCACCCAGUGCAGGAGGUUCCCCUGUCCUGGCACCCAAAAGUGCCACGCCCCCCUCUGAAAGUGGCUCCACCCCCAUACUUCCAGGCUCCACCCCCUUCCAGACUAACCUGCUCCAGUGCAAGAAGAACGUCUCGGACCUUCGGCUGCAGCUCCAUCAGAUGAGACAGCUGCAGCUCCAGAACCAGGAGGCUCUGCGUGUGCAGCUGAAGCGGGCUGAGCAGGAGAUCAGUUUGAAACUGGCGGAGGCCAUGAGACGUCUGGAGGACCCGGUCCAAAGACAGAGAGUCCUGGUGGAGGAGGACAGACACAAGUACCUGGGCUUGGAGGAGAGGGUGUUCAACCAACUAGGGGAGCUUGAGCUGUAUGUGGACACUCUGAAGAGGGAGACCGGCUCGGCGGGGGCUCACAGAGCUGUGACACUGAAACAUGUGGAGGAAGGGGCCGUUAGCCUCAGGAGAGUGGGAGAAUCUCUGGCAGGACUCAAAGGGGAGUUUCCGUCACUGCAGACCAGGAUGCGUGCGGUGCUGAGGGUGGAGGUGGAGGCUGUGAAGUUCCUCAAGGAGGAGCCCCACAAACUGGACAGCAUGCUGAAGCGAGUCAAGAGCCUCACAGAGACACUCAGUAGCCUGAGGAGAUGUGCUACAGAGGGUCUGCUGAAGGGAUCUGACCCUGCUAUGUGUGCCUCAGUGAAACCAACCCCAGCAGAGAGCAGCCCAGUCACCACCACCACCACCACAGUGGACUCCGACCCCCCAGUGGAGCCUCCAGCUUCCCCCUCGGCCCUCCCCGAGCCCCAGAGCUCCUCCAUCAGGUCUGAGGUGGUCAUGCCCUCCUCCCCCAUGGUCAUCCACCACGUCCAGAGUGCUCCGGUCCACAUGCAGCAGUCCCAGCAGUCUGCAGCCCUGCUGGUCCAGCCCAGCCCACCCACGACCCCCACCCACAGCCAGGGCCGGGACUCCCCCAGCUCAGCCAAGGGUUCCACUGGCACCACCUCGGCCUCAAACUCCAACCCCUCCAGCCAGGGGGGAAGCCCUGCCCAGCAGAAGAAAACCCCUGCUGCCCACCUAGAGCUGGCGACCCAGGCUCCGGUCAAUAACGGCAGCAGCGGGACAGGGAACCUCUUAAUCGAGGAGAUUCACACCAAGAGCAAAAACAGGGCCAUGUCUAUAGAGGUGGCAGAGAAGGAGUGGGAGGAACGGAGGCAGAACAUGGGCCACUACAAUGGGAGGGAGUUUGAGAGGAUCCUAAAUGAGGCCCAGGCCAACAUGAUGAAGGGCAUUCCCAGUCUGGAUGUGCCGAGUGAGGGGGAUACCUCUACAGCACCCUCUGCUGCCCUGGAGGAGCCAACCCCAGAAGGGACUCAGCCUGAGCUCAGCUCAGCGAAACCAGCCAUAGCCAAGCCUGCUGGUCCUGAGAAACUCCCCAAGUCGGUGCUAGAGAAGCCCACCACCACCAAGCCUACCGCUGCUGCAGACAAAGUGGGCAAAGUCAGCUUGGAGAAGGCCAUCAAGUCCCCUCCCCCUCCACCACCCAGAAAGACCUUUCCCACCUCCAGCUCUGGAAUGACCACCACACGGUCUGGUGAGGUGGUUUACACCAGCAGGAAGGAGUCUGCCUCGGGACAGGAGGGAGAUGAGGCUGAGGUCCCACCACAAGCCCCAGCUAGCCAGUCCAAACCCACCAAAGUCCCGCCGGAGACCAAGCCCAAGCCCUCCACCCCUCCCCCCAUUGCGGCCUCAGCCAACCACGAGGAGGAGGAGGAGGACGAGGGAGACAAAAUCAUGGCAGAGCUCCAGGUGUUCCAGAAGUGCACAGUUAAGGAUGUAGGGGUGAAAAGUAGUGUGCUAGAGACACACCCUACUCGAGUUGAGCCCCAGAUCAGAGAGCUAAGACCUGGGGCCUUAUUGCCCCUCAAAGAGAAAAAGAGCUCGGAGAAAACUCGGGAGGAUAAACAUCCCAACGCGGAUGAAAACGGGAACACCACCUCUCUUCGUCAAGGUCCAGGGGUCAUAUACUACGUCACUGGGCAGAUUUCCAAAGAGCAGCUGCCACCCCCGGCCACAAUGGAGGAGGCUCCGGAACACAGAGGCAACCCAACACUAUCCCCCUCACAGGUGUCAAAUGUGAAUGCUAAUGACAAUUCCCCAAGCCAGCAGCCACAACCGAAACCCCAGCAGUUAGGGCCACCUGUAUCUCCCAAGCCUCUGUUCUUGAAUGGCCCCAGCCCUCUGUCUCAGAAACAGGUGGUGACCUCAGAGUCAUUGAAGACCCGCCCAGGAGUGGUGAAAGGGGUUCUGAAAAACCGAGCGACCACCACUGUAGAUAAGCUUCAGAUAAGCACAGUCAAGAGGAUAGAGACCUCAGUCUCCUCAGUCGUCCAGGAGUCCAGCAUUCCCUUUAGUAAGAGUGUUGUGUUGCCCGCUGCAUUGCCUGAAGUCCCUCCACCAACCACCAUAAGAGAGGCUCCUAAUGCAGUGGUGUCUCCCCCAGAGAAGGCUCUUAGUGAGGCCACUGAUCAGCCCAGACCCUGGUAUGAGGAGGUGGAUGAGGAGGCCAGCCUGAGCCCUGACCUCCCUGGUGAGGAAGCCCCUCCUCCCCCAGACAACAUUGCCUUCAUGAUCACCAACAGCAAGGUCCAGGCCCUGUCCUGUGGGGAGUACCAGGAGCUGGUCAACGCCAAACGGGGCAUCCAGACCGUGACCGUGUGUGGGGGACCUGGGAAACGGGAGAUGACCAACACCACCCCGGGCGGCUCGGCGGGGUCACAGGACAAUGGCUUCAACAACAAGAAGCCGGUCAUCAUCAUCUUCGACCAGCCCAUGGACAUCCGCUCGGCCUACAAGCGCCUGUCCACGGUGUUCGAGUGCGAGGAGGAGCUGGAGAGCAUGCUGGCCGCAGAGCGCAUCGAGGAGGAGGACGAGGAGACGGAGGAGACAGAGAGGAGCAGUGGUGGACUGCAGGUAAAGGUCCAAGCCCCCAGCGGUGCUCUUAGCUCUUCCAGUAGUAGCUUGUCGCGCUCUUCCUCCUCGACUUCGGAGCUCGCCGAGUUGUCCGGUGAUGGCAAGCCGGACGGGAAGAAGAAGUUUACGUUCAAGUUUCCGAAGAAGCAGCUGGCCGCUCUGUCGCAGGCCAUCCGCACGGGCACCAAGACGGGCAAGAAGACGCUGCAGGUGGUGGUGUACGAGGACGAGGAGGAGUCGGACGGCACAGUCCGACAGCACAAGGAGGCCAAGAGAUUUGAGAUCCAAAGUCGCUCCAAACCAUCUGCUGCCCCAACAAACAAGACGCCCAAGGCCCCAGCUGCAGCCGUUGUAAGGAGGGAGCACUCGGAUUCCAAAGGCAGGACGGACAAGAUCCGGAAGAGCACCUACAAGACCCUGGACAGCCUGGAGCAGACCAUCAAACAGCUAGAGACGACCAUCAGUGAGAUGGGCCCAGCAACGCACCACCAGGAGAAACCAGUGAGGAGUGCAGCCAGCGUGGAGCCCCAUGCUGGGUGUGUCUUGAGUGGGGAGAAUGGAGGCUUGAAGAGGUCCUUAUCACUCCCUUCCAAGAGUUCACUCCUCAAGGUCCCCAAGCCCAACAAGGCCUCCUCUCAGAGGAAGAAGACCAAACCUCAGCUCCUUCCCCGGCCAGCCGUCAUCCCCACCGCCACUGUCACCCCCGUCACCAGCCAACAGAACGCAACCAGUGUCGCUUCCCCUACUAGUCGGAUGCCAGUGCCCCUGUCUGCGAAGUCCAGGCAGUCGCCAGGGACUACUACUGACAAAGCAGGAAAACAGCAAAAGCUACAGGACAGCACUCAGAGGCAGUUUCGACAGGCUAACGGAAGCGCUAAAAGAGCGGGGGGGGAUCAUAAAACUACUUCCCCUACUUUACCUGCCUCUAAAAUCCCAGCUUUUUAUCCUAGCUCUGGUAAAGGCAGCACCUCCCAGUCUGCUCCAAACUCAGAUGCUACUAACCCUAUUAACCUUUCCUCCUCCUCCAACUCCUCCUCUUCCUCCCCCCACACCACCAAGUCCUCCAUCCCAUCCCCUCACGCCCCCCGCCACCCUGGCUCGGCCCUCUCCACCUUCUCCCACAUCCCCUCGCUCUCUAACGGUUCCUCCCUCAAACUCCCCACACCCUCUCACACCGGUAAAGCUCUCUCGUUCUCCUCGCAGACUCAAAACGGUCGAGCACCCUCCUCCUCCUCCCCCUCCCCUCUGUCGCCCACCCCGUUGGGCCCGGGUGUGAAGAGCAUCCGCACCAUACACACCCCCAGCUUCACCAGCUACAGGCCCCAGAACGGCAGCAGCGGCAAAUCCUGCAUCCCAACCGCCACAGCAGCCAAGGACUCCACUUAGCUCCCAUAUAGUAGCCCCGUUGGGGUUACUUCUCUCAAUCUCGUUAUUCAUGUUUUUGUGGUUGUUUAUUGGUUUGUAUUUUAUUGUUGUAAAAAGCUUAAUGGAUGCACUUCCCCCCACCAUUCAUAUUUCAAUUUGAUUUGACACACGCAUACUCACACCGAUGCUUUGACUUCGUUUUUAAGUUGCAUUUUCCAUUGGCUAAACUUGAACCCUGAUUUUUAAAAAAAAAAGGCGUAUUAGAGUACUGAGUAAAUAGUUUUAAAAAGAAAAACAAAAGUGAUAUAGUUUUACUGCUUCGUAGGUUAUGUGGAAGCUCUCGCUUUCUCAAUUCUCUACUAAAAACGGUAUUGAAAAUAUAUUUUUCUUACAAUAUCUAAGAAUGGAAAAAAAAAUAUGAAGUUGAUGUACAAUCACUAUGACCAUGUGAAAUAUUGUGUUUUAUUUUUGAAAACCAGAGACUGGAUAACCAUAGUAUAUUUUGCUCUUACAUUAUUUCUUAUGUUGCCCAACAUUGAGCAUAGCCCUAGUAAAUGCCUUUUAUGAAUGCAUACUGUACCGUAUGUAUAAAGACGUUUACAGUGAAACUACAUUGACUUCUAUUUUGUUAAGAAUAUCAUGCACUGCCAAUUUAUUUUUAGGAGAUUCAAAAAAAAAAAAUUAAGGAGGUUUAUGAGAUAUAUUUUGGGUCUUUCUGUAGUUAUUGUGCCUAUUUGCCAAAGUUGUUGUUCUGACAUUUCCUGACUAUUACUGUAACCAUGACAUACCAAGUGAGAACUCUUACGACACACUCGAGGUGUGACGGCUCAAGUCUUUACCUUCGAACAGCUUUACUGGAGGUCUCUUAAGUUCAUGUUUAUUGAUGUCUAAAUGUAUACAGUUACUAAAACACAAAAGUCAUCGAUGAACUGUUCUACCACGUGUACAUAAACGCUUCUAAUAAGAACUUUAAGUAGUUUUGUUAACAUACCAAAGUUGAUUUGUAUGCAUGCCUUUAAGAUGCUUUAGGAGAGGGAAAGAAGAAUUAUGUUUGCACAGAUAGAUUUUGUAAAUAUUUUGGUUUCUCUCUCAUUUUUGUAAAGCUUUAAACCAUUCUACAUAAACAGCAAUGUGAUCAAGAAAGGAAUAAUUGUGUUGUAAUAAAAACAAUAAAGGUCUGCAUGCUUGUAAUGCA